UCGCACUCAACGUACAAUACAUGCACACACAAAUGAAAGACGAAAUUGAUUCAUGAACGAAGAUAUCGGAAGAAAGAAAGAAAAGUAGAUCUAGAGACAAGACUCAUGCCAGGUACUCCUCGGGGUGGUUUAAUAUGUAUGGACUUCUCUAAUCUUCCUAGCGCCUAGAAUAAAUCAUGGAUCGUACUUAACUAACAGUAACAAGCACAGAUGACGACGAUAUAAUCGAGGUGAUCAUGACUUGACCAGAGGACACAAUUCCAAAUUCUUCUAUCAAGACGGCUUACAACACCAGAUUGCUAUCUCAGUCAACCAGGAGAUCUGAACAUUCAGACCCUACAUUAGAAAGAGACUUAUACGGCAGUCUUUUGUAGGCUGAAGGGUGAUUAAUUCAUCAUUUGGAAGUCUCACUGUGUGAGAAACUGACCAGUGUGCAGAAACAAGGAACAUCAGGAUGACCAACGGUGGGUCAUCAUCCGUGGUCUGGGAAGCACUGGGGUGUCUGGCAGGUAUCGACUGGACCGCUCUCUUCUUUUGGUGUCUUAUCACUUUCUCUCUCUGCCUUGUCUCCAUUCUUCUCAUCAGUAUAUUUCUGCCUGUCACAAUAAAGGAAGAUGAAGGACUAACUACAGAUGAACCCGGGCAGCCACCUCAGGGACUAGAAGUCUUCCAACAACUCUUCUCCCAAAAGCUCCUGCCGAUAGAUUCCAGCACAGGUUGGCAGCUUAUAGGUGUCCAUCAUGAGCUCAGAUCUUGGGAGAAGAAGGUGGAGCUUGCAGGGAGCCUCUACAGUCUCCAUGGAUCUAGUGCUGUUGUAUCAUCUAAUGCAAAGGGUAUCUUGGAGACACUGAAAGACAUCACCAAGACCCAGGAAUGGGACCAUGAAGUAACAGAAUGCAACUACAUCACCUUCCCUACCACCACCGAUGCCUCAGACCAUCCCCUGAUGGUAGAUGUAGUCAAUUUGAUUCUAGCUGCUAAACAGAAAACACUCCCACAAGAUUUCCUGGACAGGCUUGUUGCUUUUCUUGCCAUGCCCUACACCAUGCUGUCCAAUGGAUCUGGGUAUAUCACUACCAGGAAUGACCCCAAACCAGCUGUAGUUGCUAGGUCUUGGAAGAUGGAAGGAGAUGCAGCAGGUUGGAUGUUCAGUCGGACCGUGUUCAAGGGCAAAGGCCACACAUUAGAUGAACUAUGGACGUACACUCUAGUACAACCAGCUACAGAAGAUGCCAACAAGAGCCUGAUGCAUCAUAUCACAUGCUCCGUGCUAUCUAAUAAAGACUCUUCACACUGUGAGAAACCAGCAUUAAGACUCGCUGCUCUCAAACAGUACUUUGAGCUGAAGCACCUUAAACUUAGCCCACUCUGCCAUUCCAGCCUUAAGCAUCUCACAAGCCACACCUUGCGAUCCAAAGCCUACACCAAUGGCACCUCGGACAAAUACUCUUCUUUGAGGAAAUCUCUUCCUGAUGAUGUCAUGCCUAUAUACAAUGGAUUGGAUGCCGAAGGCAAGUCGGACAGUCGAUUGACGGAGAGACUGGCCAUGAGUUGGCCAAGCGAUACACGCAAGCCUAGGGCAUCCAGUCUCAGUAUGUGGCAGGAUAACUCUUCCAGCGAUGAUGCAGGGUUUUAUAGUGAGAGGCAGCACAGGAGUCGUAGGCAGAGAGUCAAGAAGACAAUGAGUGCUGAUGUAACAGCAGGGGAAGGAGGGGGAAAGAAGGAUUCUUUGGAGAGAAAGACAGGGUCAUUGGAUAGAACCACUAGUGAGAAGGGAUUAGGAGGCCUAGAGGACAGUGGGGUUGUAGAUAAUAUGGCAGAGUACCAGUCAUUAGCUCAUCAAGGAGCACAGCUGGUAUUGGAGGAGAGUAUUAGAGCAGCUGGUAUCAAUGUGAAUGUUUCUGAAAAUGAUCAGAUGCAACAGACAGGGGGAUGGUCCUUUCACUGCCUUGAGAAGGAUGUGGUGAUAUUGAAGAAACCAAAGAAUGGAAAGUAUUACAGUUACCUUGGAAAGGGGAUCAUCAAAGCAUCUCCUGCCACCGUCUUCAAAGCCAUUAAAAAUCCGCGGACAAGGUUCACUUAUGAUACAAUGUUAAAGAAAAUGAACAUUGUGAAAACCUUCUCAGAAGACUUGUGUGUCUAUCACAUGGUCCAUGAAGUGCCUCAACUCUUGAAGAAAGAGUCUAGAGAUUUCUGUGUGCUACAAGUUUGUAAAGCAGUGGGUGAGCGUCACAUCGUGGCCUGCCGAUCCAUCGAGUGGAAAGACUGUCCAGAGGAAGGGUCAUUGGUCAGAGCUCAUAUGCUACCUAGUGGAUGGGUCAUUGAACCUGUAGGAAACCAGUACUCCAUGGUCACCUACAUUACUCAAGUUGCCUUGUGUGGUAAAGAUGUGCCAGCAGCCUUCAGUCAGUUCCUAUCAGUGAGAGUGCCGCUCAGCAUCGCUUAUCUUCGUCUCUUCAUGGAGGCACAGCUGCCUUGAACACUCUGUUAUGCCUCUAUCCUCACUCCUCCUCAUUCCUUCCAACAUGGUCAUUUCACCACUAUCUUCAGAGGUACCAUCCUACAAGGGUAGGAAGGGGAUACCGGUCGGACUAUUGGGGUAUCUCCUACCUUCCCUGUACAGUUAAUGUAUACAAUGACAUUUUCAUGUACAGGAAUUUUGCAGAUGAUAGGGAACAGACAUUUGUUGAAGUGUUGUUUUUACGUUAAUUUACACAGGCUACUUAUGAUACAUGCUUGCAAAUGAAUUGCCAGCUAAUUUUCGAGUGUGUUCUAAACUUUUGCAAAAAAUGAAGGCUUUUACAGAAAUCCAUCAUGUUUUGUAGUACUGUUAUGUAAAUAUUUUAUCAGACAACAUGGCUGAAAAAAUGUUUGUUUAUCUUUGAAAAUUAUCUCUUGAAAAAGUAAAAGAGCAGUUUUUCCCAAAGCAAGGAUUAAUUGAGGUUGAAUUAUUAUGACAAACUCAUUAUUUGCCUUAUUAAAGCUCACUUUCUUUAAAAUUUUGACAAUAAUUUGGCCCGGAAAGGGCUGAUGAUGUUAUUUAGUCAACUGAAACUCUCUGUAAUUACAUUCGAUAUUUAAAUCACAUAUUUCCUAGAAACAUGCCCUUUAGAAGAUAUACACAGGGUCAUUAAGUAUAAUUGGAAUUUUGCAGGAUAUCCCCUGUUCUUCAGUGGAAAGUAUGUUCAGCAUGUGGAAAGUAAAUAGGAAAAAGAGAAAGGACAGCAGAAGACUGAAGAGUAUAUCCUUCCUGCCUCAAAUAGUUGGUUGAGACUCAAUUAUCAAACAUCGGGCAGUUGUUGGAAAAGGCUUGUCUUAGUAGUCUGCUCAACUAUCAUCUGAUACAUUCAGGGAAACCUUUUCUCACUCUUUGUUUCUAUGUAAUACAAACAUUUCCUUGUAAUAUGAAACUAGAUACUUCUACAUUUCACCUUCAACAUUUCAAAUGCUCUAGACAAUAGAAUUUUUGUAAUUUUUGUAUUUGAAAUGUAAAAUGGAAUUCAAAUGUUCUCCAUUAGUUGCCCAUAUGUGGUAGUUUUCUGAGAGAUUUGAUAAAACAUUUUCCAAAGAGAGGUUUUUACCUUUAUGUAUGACUUUGAACUCUUAAUGUGCUCAGUCAGCAAUUUGUGUAAAAGUGGAAAGAAAAAAAUGACUCUUUCAUAGAUCAAUUAAAUUGUGUAGAUUACAAUACAUGUUCCACUUUAUACUAUGAAUUGAGACUGGUGCUAUUAACCAUUAUAGCAAACCAGAAACUUCACUAAUAUUUCUUGUGAGCUGAACAUCUAUUUUGUUUACAUUUUGAAACCUUGCAACGGGAAUUGCUGAAAAUAUGAAUAACACUUAACAAUCUAUUUAAUGCAUUUUUGAAAGGUUAUACACAAUGAACACUUUUAUACAUUUGAUGUGAUGCAUUUGUUUCAAGUGUUGUGAUAUAAAUGAUUUUCAUGAGUGCUCUUUUUAUAGAAAAAUUCCAAAUGGUUUUUAUUAUUUGUUCAUACUAUUUGAUAGUUGGUUUAGUAAUAAUUUCCACUUUAUGCUUUACUCAUUGAUGGUAUAUUAUACCAGUUAUUGUUUGUUUUUUAUUUUUUUAAAUGCUGUUCGGGAGGCUAAUAUAUUUUUGCUAUUAUACAGUAUGUGAGUGUAUUCUGUAUAUAGAUAUGAAGUGGACAAUUGAUUGAACUGAGCACAUAUCUCCUUACUGAAAUAGAAAUUUGUACAUUAUGUUGUGUAUAAGCUGAAACAAAAGUCUGUGUAUUGUGAGUAAGAUAUGUUGUUAUUUGUUCUGUUACUGAGGCUGCUAUUUUUGGAAAUAGGUCGAUGCGUUUAUACAUUACUAUUCUUUCAAUAAUUAUUGUAAUUUUUGCUUUAGUCAGCAAAUAAAGUAGAUGAGACUAUGAUAUUGAGUUGCAUCUGACAUCUUCCCCACCAAAAUCAAAUGAAUAUAAUACAGCUCAGUUGAUUUACUUGAUUACUUUUUACAUAUUCAUUGUUAAUUAUAGGACUUUAUCUUUAUUUGUGUGCAUACAGUCAUUGUUACACCAAAGCUUAUUGUGACAUGGGCAUUACUACGCAAAGCAUACUAUCUAUGAAAUCUAACAGUUUGGUGGGAAUUUUCUUCUUUCUUUGUUUUGUUGUUAUUUUGGUAUUACAUUUAAUUGACAUAUUAGUGGGGAAAUUAUUUAAUUAUCAUAACUUUGGUGCAUUUUUGUAAGGAAAACUCAUGGAAAAUUGGGUUUGUUGACACUUAACUAUCUAAUAUGACAAAUGUCAAGCAUAUACUUCUUGGGAAAGGAGAUAUAAUGUGAACAGUUUAUGUACGCACAGAUGAGUUGAUUUCUUAGACAAAGUCAAUUCUUGUUCCCUUUAGGAUCUCACAGUAUGAUUCAAAAUGUUGCCAAAAUGUGGACAUGUUGGAUAUUCCAAAGAAACUUCUUUAUUUAUUUUUACCGUUUACAAAUGCACACAUGAAUGAUUGAGUUCUGUUAUCGUUGAUGAGUUAUUUUUCUGCAUUUACACAAUGUAUUAUCUAUAUAUUUAUGCAUUUUUAAAGAGCAAAUGACUGCAUUCUACUAUUUUGUAUUUUGUAUUUUGUUUUUGAUAAUGUUGCUUAUGUUACUUUUAUAUUGUUUGUAUUACAUUUUUUUCUUACAUUUACAUUCAAUGAAUUUGAUAUCUAUGCAUGUCUAGCACAUCAAGACUCACUUUUGCCAUUGUGUGUGCACAUUUUUUAUCACCUGUGAGGUAAUAUUAUUUUUAUUAUUUGAGUCAGGAAGAACGAGAUGGAAGGUUUCUUUGUUCUGUUUUGACACAACUUUGUUGUACAUAUAGAAUUCUGAAACAUGCAAUAAGUGUAAUAAUUCAUGAUUUAUUUUCUGCUGCUGUACAUUGUAUUUAAGAUUUUACGCUGAAAUAGCAACACUUACUUGGCACACUCAACGCCCCCUUUUGCCAUGUUUAUCCCCCUGUUUUUGCUUUGGAAAAUGUCCAUGAGUAUAUUUUGUCUUUGAACGAUAUUUGAAAGGUGCUCUACCAAUAUUUUUUGAGAAAAGAUACAUUUGCUAAUCUUUUAAAAAUUAUAGUCUAGAUUAGGACAGAUAAUAAUGGGAAAUGUGAGGUAAAAAUUAAUAGGAAAAGAUACAGAAGAAACAUGAUUUUUGUUUUCAUCUGUAAUUUUGAUAUGGUUCUCAAUUUAAAAAAAAAAAAACAUUUAUAUUAAUUCAUUUAGAUAUAUUUAGGUAUUUAUGAUAGUCAAUGCCUGUUUGCCAAUAUAAUUUAUUAACCCAACACAAAUAUAUAUUAAAACUUAUCCUAAAAUAUGAAUAAUCAUUUAAUAAUGUCCUACAGGGGAACAUAACUCACUGUAUAAUGCUAAUUGAGCAACAAUUUUAAUUGUGAUGCUGUUAACCUUCAGGUUAUCAUUUCAUUUGGUCUUUUAAGACAAGUAGGAAUUUCCAUUUGAUGUAUUUUGCCUUGGUUUCUUUGGGAACAUUUUUGUGUGUUUGAAUUUAACAAUUUGGAAAAGUUUUUUGCAGUACUACAGUGCAAUAAACUUAAAACUUGUUGCAUACUAAA